AUGCUGCACAUUUGGAAUAUAUCCGGUCAGGAAGUUGCCGCUUUUCCUGUCGAGGCAAAGGUACAGGAAACCGAAUUUCAGAAGCAUCUGCAAGUUCAUGAACUCAAGCGGCGUCUGGAGAGUUUCUGUGGGCUUCCGCGAUUCCGGCAAAGGCUCGUGCAUGAAGACGGCACUCUAUUAGAUGACCAUGACAUGUUGAGACCCAGUGCGGUUCAACUCGUACUUCUGGCCUUCUGCCCCACAUCCGCGUCGCAGGCUGCUGAGCUGGUGGACGCCGCAAGAAGUGGUAUGACUUCUACAGUGGAGCUGCUGCUGCAACGCCCACAAGACCCAAAUUUGGGCAAUCCAGCCCCCUUGCUCUUUGCAGCUGACAACGGCCACCUUGAAGUUGCUCGCCUGUUGGUGGAAGCCGGUGCCGAUGCGAAUAUUUCCGAGAACACUGUAUUCAAUGAUGCCACCCCCCUGAUACUCGCUUGCCAGAACGGCCACUUUCAGGUAGCGCGCCUGUUGCUUCGGGCAAAGGCCGACGUAGAUAAGGCCGAUCUCGAUGAUGUGACGCCGCUGCAUCUCGCAUGCCACUAUGGCCACUUGCAGGUUACGCAACUCUUGCUUGAGGCCGAGGCUGUCGUGGACAAAUCCAGGUCGGUUGCAGGUAGCCGGCCUGCUGCUCGAGUUCAGGGCAAACCUGGAGAAGAUGGCUGA